AUGAGCCUCAGACCCAACACCACUUUCUCCUGGAACAGUGUCAGAACGCUCAGUGUCCUGCAGGUGCUACUGCUGCUGUCACUGCUCCUGACUGCUCUGGUUCCCUCCACACAUGGACAACGUAAGAGAAACUUAGGGAAAGGAGAAGCGGAAAGUGCCGACAGUGACUGGUUCAUUGAGCUGCGCUGCAUGUGUGUGAAGACGAUCUCUGGAAUGCAUCCCCGUAACAUCCAAAGUUUGCAGGUGAUCAGGGCAGGAGCCCACUGCAACAAAGUCGAAGUGAUAGCCACACUGAAGGAUGGGAGGGAAGUCUGCCUGGACCCAGAAUCUCCUGGCAUCAAGAAAAUAGUCCAGAAAAAAUUGGAAGGUGAUGGAUCAGCUGCUUAA